GGCCGGGCCGCACGUGACGUCACCACGCAGCGCGCUGCCGUCCCCAGCGUCUCCCGGACGCUGUGCCCUGGGCGCCGAGCGCUCAGCUCAGGAGCGCAUGCGUGGACUCGGUGCCGGGCGCAGAGUCCGCGUCGGGAGCGCUUUUGCUGCGGACGCCGGGGCGGCCACACUGCCCGGGCUCCCGGCCUCGGGUGUCAGAAUCCACUGCGCUGUUGUGACUUAGUCCCGAGUGUUCGCGUAGGGUCUGCUGAUCGCCUGAGUCUUCCUCGGACAGCGCGGUCUCAUUGCAGCAGUGUGGGACGUUUUGAAGUCGGAUGGUGUCACUGUGUGUGCUGUUACCUAAUCUGUGUUGAUCACUUUUCCAUUCGUGAUGACCUUUUGUCAUCAUUUUUCUGUUGUUGGUAGGAAAAACUGUUGGACUUUUCACUGGAGUGUUGCUGAAUCCAUAGCUCAUAUUCUAUACUAAAAUAAUAUUUAGGCUUCCUGUCUACAAUCAUGGAUUUUCUCUCCUUUUACCAAGUUUCUUGAGACCUUGAAUUACAAAGUUAUAGUUUUGGAUGCAGAUAUUUGUCACAUUUCUGUGUAUUUCUGACUCAUUUGUCUAUGGUGACCUAUAAGAAAUAUGAGAGUAUGUGUUUCUAUUUUUCCUAUAAUCGUAUUUUGCAUGUAUGAGUGUCUUGCCUGCAUAUGUGUAUGUUCACCACGUGUGUUUUGUGCCCACAGAAGACAGAAGGGGGCAUCUGAUCUCCUGCAUGAGACUCUAGGGGUGAUGGUGUGCCACCAUGUUAGUGCCGGGAAGAGAACCCAGGUCUUCUGCAAGAGCUGAUGUCUCUCCAUUCCUAAACGUGACAGAUUUUCAAAACUUUGUAUGUGUGCAUGCACAAGCACAUGCUGAAAAGACAAUGUUAAGAGAGGACGCAGUGACCUAUGAGGAUGUGCAUGUGAACUUUACUCAUGAAGAGUGGGCUUUGCUGGAUCCUUCCCAGAAGAGUCUCUACAAAGAUGUGAUGCUGGAGACCUAUUGGAACCUCACUUCUAUAGGUUACAAAUGGGAAGACGACAAUAUUGAAGAACAUAGUCAAAGUUCUAGAAGACAUGGAAGGCAUAUCAUUUGCCACUCUGGAUACAAGCCAUGUGAGUAUCUGGGAGAUGGAAAGAAUUAUACCUCUGUUUUUUCCAGAACAGUCAGAAGAUAUGUUGUAGUCCCCACAGUAAGCAGACAUGAUGACUGUGAUACCAGUUUGUGCUCUCACUUUGAAGAACAACCUUAUGAGAACAAGGAUGAUGGAAAUUCUUCUGUCUCUACUGGUUCACUUUGCACAAGUAGUGUGACUCACAGUAUAAGAAAAUGGUAUGCAUGCAAUCACUGUGCUGAAACUCUGAGUUCUUCCAGUUCUUUUCAAAGAUGUGAAAAAGCUCAUUUGGGAAGAGGAAGUGAUAAUCUUGAGUCUUGUAUUAAGGACUUUAGCUAUCACAGGUAUCUUCAAACACACAAAAUAACCAAUAAUGAAGAGGAUCUCUAUGAAUGUAAUCAACAUGAUGAAUCCUUUAAAUAUGAUUCCUUUUUUAAAGUACACCAAAGAACUCAUUUGGAAGAAAAACCCUAUGAAUAUAAUCAAAGUGAUGAAGUCUCUACAAGUCACAAUAUUUAUCAAGUACAUAGAACUCAUUCUGGAGUAAAAAAAUAUGAAUAUCACCAAUGCGAUAAAGCCUUUGCAACUCCCAGUUAUCUUCAAAUAUAUAAAAGAAUUCUUACUGGAGAGAAACCCUAUGAAUGUACUCAAUGUGAUAAAGCCUUUGCAUGUUCCAGUUAUCUUCAAAUACAUAAAAGAAGUCAUACUGGAGAGAAACCCUAUGAAUGUAAUCAAUGUGGUAAAGCCUUUACACAGAAGAGUCAUCUUCACCGGCAUGAAAGGAUUCAUACUGGAGAGAAACCCUAUGAAUGUAAUCAUUGUGGUAAAGCCUUUGCACACAAGUAUAAGCUUCUCAUUCAUGAAAGAAUUCAUACUGGAGAGAAACCCUAUGAAUGUAGUCAAUGUGGUAAAGCCUUUGCAGAGAAAUGCAAUCUUCUCAGUCAUGAAAGAAGUCAUACUGGAGAGAAACCCUAUCAGUGUAAUCAAUGUGGUAAAGCCUUUGCACAGAAGAGUGAUCUUCGCAGCCAUGAAAGAAUUCAUUCUGGAGAGAAACCCUAUAAAUGUAAUCAAUGCAGUAAAGCCUUUACACAAAAGGGUAAUCUUCGAAGUCAUGAAAGGAUUCAUACUGGAGAGAAACCCUAUGAAUGUACUCAGUGUGGUAAAACAUUUGCACAGAAGAGUAAUCUUCUCAGUCAUGAAAGAAGACAUAGUGGAGAGAAUCCCUAUCUAUGUAAUCAACAUGCUAAAUCCUUUGCACUGGAGGAGAAUUUUCUCAUCCAUAAAAGAAGCCAUACAGGAGAGAAAGCCUUUGAAUGUAAGCAAUGUGGUAAAGCCUUUGCAAAGAAGAGUCAUCUUCUUAUUCAUGAAAAAAUUCAUACUGGGGAGAAACCCUAUGAAUGUAAUCAGUGUGGUAAAGCCUUUGCAUGUAGCAGCAAUCGUCACAGGCAUGAAAGAUGUCAUACUGGAGAGAAACCCUAUGAAUGUAACCAGUGUGGUAAAGCUUUUGCACGUAAAGGUCAUCUUCGGAGUCAUGAAAGAUGUCAUACUAGACAGAAACCCUAUGGAUAUAAUCAGUGUGGCAGAGACUUUACAUGUAGCAGUCCCCUUCAAAUAAAAGAAAGAACUCAUAAUGGAGACAAACCCUAUGAAUGUAUUCAGUGUGAAAAAGACUUUGUAUAGAACAAUCAUCUUCACAAUCCUGAAAGAAAUCAUACUUGCAAAAACCCAAUGAAUGUAACCUGUGUGGUAAAGUCUUUCCAUGUUGCAUUGUCCUUCAAAAUCAUGAAAACUUUCACACUGGUGAGAAUCCCCAUGAACCUAAUAAGUGAGGUUAGGCCUUGCAGUCCACAUACAUUUUCCCAACCAAGCUAUCUCAUUGGUGCUUGAGUAAGGUUAAUAGAGCUACUCCUUAGUUAAAAUCUUGUCUCUUUUUCUAGUAAACAUUGUAGUUCAAGAGUAACAGAAAAACAUGAUAAUUUGAAUAAUAAAAUGUUUUGCGAAUAAAAGUAAUAUACUGUCAUCCAUUA